GAAGAGGGCGUGAGGUGUAUGUGGCUUCGCGCAUGCGAGCUGCGCCCGGAGUGGCGUUACGGGUACUGGCAGCAGUGCCGACGUCAGCGGCAGCAGUGCCGACGUCAGCGGCAGCAGCGGGCACGGGCAGCAGCAGCAGGCAGUAGCACGGUGCUAGCUCACUGUCGGCUGCGCUCGGGCUCCCCAGAACCCCACUAGGGUGGCACAGCCUCACGUGAUCCUCCUCCCAGGCCUCGGCGGGAUGGCGGAGGCGCAGCCAUCAGGGCCAACAAAAUACAACCCUGAGGCAGCUGACUUUAUCCCCAGAGAGCAUCUAAGUCAUCACUCUAGCUGGAGAAAUAAUGGAAGACCUGAAAGUAAUAGAAAUUGGAGCAGAAACAGUAAUUUGCCCAAUUCUCAUCAGUAUCAGGCACCUAGAGAGAGUAAUCCAGACAGCCCGUCACAAAAAAUUCACACCUACGACACACCUCCUAGAAAUAACAAUGGGAGUGGACAGCAAGGAUCCCCAGAGACCACAAGAAAACCUGUGAAGAGCCACAGUUUCCAGAAUCAAAGAUGGCAUCGAUCUAGAAGUGAAAGGUCACACACUAGGAACCACCCAAGGCAGCCUCUCUCUGACACAUCAGCAAGACCGUCUUUUGUUGGAACCACACCACUUGGUGACUGGCGUGUAAGAACAAGAGAUCCCACUGAGUUAUGUUCAUCGGAAAGUGAGAAGGAGCUUGGCAGCGCCGACAGCCGAGGUGCCAAGCCAAAGAGACUAACGCAUGUGUCAGGGGGAUCUUUGAGGGGACCCCGUGACAGAACAAAACAUUCAUACGAACGAGAGAAGCGGGUAGCUCCCAAGCAAAAAACUGAUGAGAUGUUUGAAAAUAUUCCACCUCCAGACAUUGUGAAAUCAGGGACACCUAAAGAGGACCAUUUUAAAUCUAGACUUGAACAUUAUGAUGGUGUUGAACGGAGUGAAGAAAAGCACAGACAUUCCUGUCUUGGUAACAGGCCUUCACGAGAACCUAUAGAUUGGAAAAAGCCUCAUGAUGAUCUUCAGGCAAGUAAGCAGAAUGGAGCCCAAGGCAGUAAGUCUUUAAGGCAUGACAAAAUCCAAUCAGCAACUAUUCCAUCAAAAGAGAAGAAAACAGAGAGGAAAAAAGAACCUUCCUUAUCUAACACCUAUCAAGAGCCAAAAUUUCACAGUAGUCACCACUGGGCAACUGAUGGGGACAGACAUGCAGGAAGGAAACAUCCACCUCAGGACCGUGCUUCUAAACCAUCUAUGCAGCCAGGACCUAGCAGAGCGUGGAAGAAACAGAACAUACCAAAGAACAAGGAAACACAUACAGGGUCUCUGAUUGAGCAGCUGACAGCUGAGAAAUAUGAGUGCAUGGUUUGCUGUGAGGUGGUCCGAGUUAUGGCCCCAGUUUGGAACUGUCAGAGCUGCUUCCACGUGUUUCACCUUAACUGCAUCAAAAAAUGGGCCAGGUCUCCUGCAUCACAAGCUGAAGAUGGAAACAGUGGUUGGAGGUGCCCUGCCUGUCAGAAUGUCUCCUCUCGAGCGCCAAGUAUAUACACUUGCUUUUGUGGUAAAAUAAACAACCCUGAAUGGAACAGAAAUGAAAUUCCUCAUAGUUGUGGAGAGCUGUGUGGGAAGAAGCGCUCCGGCCUUGAUUGCCCACACUCCUGCAAUAUACUCUGUCAUCCUGGACCUUGCCCCUCCUGUCCUGCCUUUGUUACAAAGACCUGUGAAUGUGGAAGAACCAGUCAGUCUGUUCGAUGUGGGCAGUCUUCUACUAUGCACUGUGCAAAUGUUUGUGGGAAUCCAUUGAACUGUGGAGAGCACAACUGUAGUCAGGUGUGUCAUGCUGGGAAGUGCCAGCCUUGCCAAGAAAGCAUACACCAAGCAUGCUAUUGUGGCGGAAGCUCUCGAGAUGUGUUGUGUGGAACAGACAAGGAUAACUAUGAUGGCUUUGGAAACUUUUCCUGCCAGAAGCUGUGUGAUAAGAAAUUAAAUUGUGGUAAACACGGAUGUACAGAGGUCUGCCACCCACAGCCUUGCCAGCCUUGUCCCCGGCUUCCCCAGGUAGUGCGUUUCUGUCCCUGUCUACAAACGCCCUUGAGCAAAUUACUGGAGUUGGGUUGUGUUGACCGGAAAACCUGCACAGACCCAAUACCUUCUUGCGGAAAGACCUGUGGCAAACCCCUGCCUUGUGGUUCUCAUGAUUUCAUUCAUACCUGUGAGAACCUAUGUCAUGAAGGGGAAUGUGGCCCUUGUGCUCGUGCAUCUAAUAUAGCCUGUCGCUGUGGCUUUAAAACAAAGGAAGUCCCCUGUGCGCUGAUACAAAAUGAAGGAGACUUUACAUUCAUUUGUGACAAGCGCUGCAACAAGAAACGUCAGUGCGGACGACAUAAAUGCAGUGAAAUUUGCUGUGUGGACAAAGAACAUAAGUGCUCCUUAAUUUGUGGGCAUAAACUCAACUGUGGCCUUCACAGAUGUGAUCUACCAUGCCAUCGGGGGAACUGUCAAAACUGUUGGCAAACAAGUUUUGAUGAGCUGGCUUGUUAUUGUGGGGAGGCUGUGAUCUUCCCUCCAGUACCAUGUGGCACCAGGCCUCCCGAGUGUAAGAACUCCUGUACCAGGCAACACGAGUGCGACCAUCCAGUUUUUCAUUCUUGUCACAGUGAAGACAAAUGCCCGCCAUGUACAUAUCUUACACAGAAGUGGUGUAUGGGAAAACAUGAGCUUAGGAACAAUAUCCCAUGCCAUCUUACUGAUAUCUCAUGUGGCCUGCGUUGCAAUCAGCUUUUAAAGUGUGGAAUGCACAAGUGUAAAAGGAUCUGCCACAAAGGCGAGUGCCUCAUAGAUGAAGACUGUAAGCAGCCCUGUACUCUUCCGAGACCAGACUGUGGGCAUCCAUGCUUAAACUGUUGCCAUCCCUCACAGCCAUGUCCAUCUUCCACUUGCACUGCAAUGGUAGAACUUCAGUGUGAAUGUGGGCGACGGAAAGAUAGCGUGGUUUGCACAGUUGCUUCCUCUACUUAUCAAAGAAUAGCUGCUAUAUCCAUGGCUGCAAAGCUGACAGAGAUGCAGUUAGGAGAUUCAGUGGAAAUCGGAAAGCUUGUCACAAAAAGAGAAAUGAAGCAAACCAGGUUGCAGUGUGAUGAAGAAUGUUUUGCUUUGGAAAGAAACAGGUGUCUAGCAGAGGCUUUGAACAUUUCUGAAAAUUCAGAUCCUUUUAAUGUUCGUUCUGGAUCCAAGUACAGUGAUAGCCUUAAAGAUGAUGCCAGAAAAGAUAUGAAGUUUGUCUCGGAAAUCGAGAAAGAAAUCAAAGCACUUGUGGAUGCUGUCAACAAGGGAAAGCAAACCAAAAAAAGCCACUGUUUUCCACCAAUGAACAGAGACCAUCGGAAGAUGAUCCAUGAUCUGGCAGAGGUGUAUGGGGUUGAGAGCGUGAGCUAUGACAGUGAGCCCAAGCGCAAUGUUGUAAUCACUGCUGUAAAAGGCAAGUCGAUGUGCCCAAAUAUUUCCCUCUUGACUGUAAUUGAAAGGGAGAUGCAGACACGACCACCUCCUCCAAUUGCCCACUACAGACAUCACACUGAGAGAAAUGGAGGAAGCAGUGGCGCACAGAAAGCACUGUGGGAUGAGCCUGUAAUAGACUACUUUGAUGUGCAAGACUAGUACGAUAUCUUCAGUACAUGAAAAUGAUAUAAGAGGAGUUUGUAAACCUGCUUCAGCGGCUUCAAAGCGAUGAAAUCUUCACAUCAAGCUUAGGUGGCCACUGCCAUGUCACACAAUCCUAGAACACUGUUAUUGGCACACAACAACUUGGCCUUUGAUCCAAAAUAAAGUAUCAUAAUAAUAAAUGCA